CUAACAUUUCUAACAGAAGUUUAUGCACUUCCGGUUGUAACACGUUCCUUUUCCUUUGUGGUGCAGAAGUGACUCUUGAGAAUUUGUGUGUGAAUUUUGAUUGAAAAUAAGAAUGCAAAUAACGAUAACGACCCUUUCAGAUCAGCUUUUCACUAUAGAAGUUAGCGAGGAACUAGAACUCGAAAACUUCAAAGCGUUAUGCCAGGAAGAAACAGGUGUUCCUGCUUUGGAAAUGUCCAUUGUUUGGAAUGGGCGCCCUCUCCACGAUGACAAGCUCACUUUGAAAGAGUACGGCAUAAAAGACAGCGACAUGGUUUUGAUUCAACAUCUAAGAGGCCAAACACGGUCGGCCCAGAACCCAAGGAGCAAUCAGUCUGGAGCAGGUGUUCCCAACAUUGACUUCAGCAGUAUACAAAUUCCUGGAGCAGCACAGCCAAGUCCGUCAAGAGAUGAUCCCGCGUUUAUUCGUCAAAUGCUGCUCAGUGAUCCAAGUCAACUCGCACUGCUGAAGGAAAGGAACCCCCCUCUUGCUGAAGCUUUGUUAAGCGGAGAUGUUGCUAAAUUCAAAAAAGUGUUUGAGGAGCAACGGGCAGCCAAGCAGAGAGAUGAGGACGAGAAGAGACGUCUCCUCACGGCUGAUCCGUUUGAUCCUAGAGCUCAGCAGCAGAUAGAGGAAGCUAUCAGGAUGAAGAAUAUUGAAAGCAACAUGGAAACUGCCAUGGAGUUUGCCCCUGAAAGCUUUGGUCAGGUGCACAUGCUGUAUGUGGACUGCAAAGUGAAUGGACAUCCAGUGAAGGCGUUUGUAGAUUCGGGUGCUCAAAUGACGAUAAUGAGCCAGGCAUGUGCAGAGAGGUGUCACAUUAUGAGGCUGGUGGACAAGCGGUGGGAGGGUGUUGCUAAAGGUGUUGGCACACAGAAAAUUCUAGGACGUGUUCAUUUGUGUCAGAUACAGAUUGGUUCUUUAUACUUGCAGUCAUCGUUUUCCAUUCUAGAGAACCAACCCAUGGAUAUGCUUCUGGGUCUGGACAUGCUCAAAAGACAUCAAUGUGUCAUAGAUUUGGGCAAGAACCAGCUUCAGAUCGGCACCACGGGCACAGUUACUCCGUUCCUCGGUGAGGCCGACCUGCCCGAGCACGCUCGCCUCAACUCUGUGGCCAGCGCUGGUGGUGGGUCCAAGGAGGACAGGGAUCUGGCGGAAGCCUUGUCGCGCUCCGCUCAAGACACGGCAGCGCCCCAGGCGUCCGGCAGUUCAGCAGGUCCAUCUUCCUCUUCGGGCGCCUCGUCCUCAUCGGGGCAGUCGCAGUUCCCCGAGGCGGUCCUCUCCCAGCUGAUGAGUCACGGCUUCAGCCGGCAGGCUGUGGUAGACGAGCUGAAACGUUCCAACGGCAAUGUGGACCAAGCGCUAGCGUCACUGUUCUCUAAGUCGUUUAGUAUGCCUUGAUGUUUGGACGUUUGCGGGCUGCGGGACGAGAUAAAGAUAUAUCCCUCAGGGUAGAGAGUGUGUUUAGGAAGGAAAUGGAAGGCACUUGGUUGUCACAUAAUCCAGGGUGUGUGUGGGGUUUGCUUGACCUGCCAAGUACUCGUAUAAAAAUCGAAGCUCUCCAAAUUCUGGUCGUAAUAACUUAAAAUCCUUUUCUUUUCUUUUCCCCUCCUUGAAAUUUUAUUUCAGCCAGGUCAUAUACAACUUGUGGUCAGUGACUUGAAAAUACGCAUUUGUUUGCGUUUAUUUGCAAAAUUUCCAAAACUUGUAGUGAAUUUCUUGAAAAGGCGCAUUUAGAUUUGCCGUACACAUCUCUUUGCCACCGUCAGUUUAUGUAAUUGUAAUCUACUGGUGGGUUUUGGAGACUUGUGAUUUUUUUACUCUUUUUUUUUUCCAAACUCGUAUUGCUCUAGGAGGAUUUUGAGAAAAAUUCUUUUCUUUUGGGCUUGGAGUGGGUGGCAGGUCUUGGCGUUUGCUGAUCAACUAUGAGAAUCACUGAGUGCAAUGUUAUUUAUUUACAAUGAGUAGUUGCUAUCGGCAUCGAAUUGAUAAUUGCGUGGAAGGUGGGCAGCUGUGUACAGUGGUGUGGAAAUUUGUGAAAUCAGUAUUGUGAAAGAAUUAUUGUAUCGUGCGAGCUUCGGGGCUUAUUGGGUGCCUGGUGAUCUGUAUUUGUGUUUACCGUGUAUGUAUCAGAUUUUUCUCUUCUAAGUUAUGAGGUAAAUAUUUUUGUAUUUUCAUGCAAUGUUUUUGCCCUGAGAUGAGAACAAUUGAUUUUUAUUUUCGUCAUCAUAAGUUUAUGCUUUAAUUACGCUGUUCGGAUGGAGUUUGUUGGAGGUCAGUAAUUUGUAGUUUUAUUUUUUAUUUUUUAAAUAUUUUUUUUGGCCUUCUCUGGUGCAUUGGAAGAAAAGCUGAAAUCCUGAGCCUUUGAAGUUUGAGGAAAACAAGUGUAAUCAUUCCUGUAUACUGUUUAAUUUCUAAAUUUUUGGUGUUGUGUUUACUUUUGUGUAAUGCGCUGGUGAUGAAAGAGUACUUAACGAGGCACACGAGUGUUUUAAUCGUGAAUAGAAUAUCUGAAGUAUGAAACUGUUGGGUUUACUUUCAUAUAUAUGUCAUAGGAAAAGAUGUGCGUUAGAUCUCAAAAGUUGCUACUCUUUUGAAAAACCAACUAAAGUUUUAUUGUGUGGACAUUUGAGUAGUAAAUCUUUUGUAAUAUAAUGGUGGGCAUUAUAAUUUAUAUAACGUUGAAGGGUCCGUGUCUGUGGGUUCUCUGUUGUUUUGUCUUGUUUGGUGGUACUGGUGCUGUUAACUGAAAGUAUACAGCGCUUCGGUUGCAUUUAUGGCGAUUGGUGUCAUUAGUUCAGGUGUUAACAUCUUCGUGUCGAUUGCAAAAUCUGGACCAGACAUUGGCGAUCAUGAUUUGUUUUAGUGAGUUUUACCUCACUUAGAGCACAAAUAUGUCAUUCCUUUGCUCGCUCGAGUGCUCUCAAAAAGAAGCUACACCGUUCUAAUUUUUCCCUGUCGCCCAUCUGUUUAGGCUCUCCAAGUAAGUUGCUUUGGGUCUACCCCUGACUCGUUUACUCUUCAUUUUGCUUGUGAGAGCUAGGUGGCUUUGUUUAUUCAAGUGUCCCAGACACUACCUGAAACUACCUUUGCCUUUUCCGAAUUGUGCUCACGUGGGCUUCUUCAAACACUAUCUCAUUUGAUAUUAUUUCCUUCCCUUUAGAGCGAAAUGCUCGCAGCUAAAGGGAUUUGAAAACAACAUUUCCUUCCCUAAAAAAUACUCUGCAGCUUCGUAAGAAACGGCAUCUUGCUUUCAUUUUUUUCUUCAGUCUUUGGUGAUUUCCCAGCAUUCACAGUCUUUAUAGAAGGGUUUACCACGCAUAGCAUUUUAGAGCUUUCAUUUUGGUAUUCAUUUCUAUUUUUUAGGAUUGGUGUAACAGUAUUGUUGUUGUACUGGCUACACCUCUCUGGCUCGUGAUCGUCAAAGAUGACAUAAAAACUUCACGCUGUAAUAUUUUUAAAAAAUAUUUAAUCAUCAAAAA